AGCAUGCACCAGAGCGCUGGCUUGACUGCCGAGCCCAGCCAGCCCCGACGCCGAGUCCUUUCGUUCGGGUCUUGCCACAUCUCUGUCCUGGCACCGUCGCUCCGGUGUCUCGCCGCCCAAGCAGCAAACCGUCGCCGGUCGCCCGUCGAAUCCACCUUGCAUCCGACCGCAGGAUGGAGUUCCACUUCCAAACGACCGACCCCGAGCUGGGCACCAGGGACCUCUACACCAUGGACGGCAUCGCAGAGCAAAUCUUUGGCCAGGACAAGACCGUCGGCUUCGAGCAUGUCUGGGCCGGCCAUCUCCCGGGGCUACAAAACUUUGUGCAUCGAUGGACCGGCGAAGGCAGAACCUUGGCCGAGCUUCGAGACCCCGUUGGGGCCACACUGCUUCAUGUCGCCAUGCUCCGUCGCCAACCCGUCCUCGCUCGGUUCUUGGUCGAGAGUGACCCGACUCUGGUGUUUGAGCCGUUCGCUCUUCCCGACAACAGGGUCUCCCCCUACGAUGGCGAGACGGUCAUGCACAUUGCCGUCACCCAGGGCGACGUGGGCAUGGUGGAGUACUUGUUUGAGUCGGCUCUCAAGUACCGGCUCAAGCUCCUUCAGCUUCGUUCGAUCGAGACCGGAGUCGAGUUCAAGGAGGCUAGAGCCCUCGAGUUUGAGCGCCCGAGACUUGUCAAAGACUUGAUCGACAGACCCCUGGCCUUUGGCUCCGAGUUUCGCUUCGACACCCACGGCUCCUUCAACUAUGGCGGAACCGUGCUGGCCUUUGCCGCUCUUGCCCAGAACAAAGAGAUGGUCGAAUACCUCGUCGAGAAGCUUGGGUGCGAUGUCACUGUGACCGACAAUGUGCAUCGCGAGAGAGACGUCGAGCAGGGAAAGGGCAUUACGGGCUUCACCGUGCUUCACACCCUGGCCUUUCACGGCAAGUUUCGAUACAAGGGCAAGGAGGACACCACGGCAUCCAUGUUUCGAUAUCUCUGUGACCAAGCCAAGAAACAGCUCUCAUCGGUGGUGCGCAUGAGCUCCAAGCAUCCGCUGGCUCCGUGGUGGCUUCGGGAACGCUCCCGAAUCGCCAAGCAGUAUACCGACCCCAAACAAAAGGAGAUUGUCAUCCAACGAUUCAUCGAUCUCAUGACCUGGAAGGCUUACGUCAAAACAGACGUUGGGCUGGAGGCGAUGACGCCGCUCGAGGUCGCUAUUUGGCAGCGAAAGACGGCCAUACUGGACGAGAUCAAGCGGCCGAUUUGGGAGUUUGGCCAAACACGGUGCUACCAGUUCCCACUCAAUCACCUGUAUUCAGCCAACGGCGGUGGCCGCAAGGGUUCAUCUCGACCACGCACAGCUUUUCACAUUGCCGUUGAUAAUGGCGACUUCGCCACCGUAUCACACCCGAUCUUCCAGAUGAUCAUUCAAUGUGCCUGGGAAACUCCCGGUCCAAGAAGUCUCUCACAUCGCCAACUUGUGUAUCUGCGGUUCUCAAUCGCAUUUAUACUGAUGGUUUUGUUUGCAGUCACCGUUUCCUUGAUGCCUGUGGGCAAUCGCGGACUGUACAGCGAGCCAAGAGGAGGCUACCGCAUGGCUCUAGAGAUUAUCGUCAUUCUGCUGACUCUGACGAUUGCGACCUCUGAAGUUCGGGAUAUCUGGAACAGUGGGCUGGAGUACAUACGAGGCAUAGAUCGCGGGAUCACUGGGGCUGCGAAUGUGUUUCGUUUGCUCUUUAUUGGUCUGAUGAUUGCAGUGGUGGUCAACCGAUGUGCAUUUGGAAACUUUGCGCUCGAAAAUGCUCUGCUUGGGCUGGCAGCGAUACUCGGAUGGAUCUAUCUGUUUUUCUUUGCCAAGCACUCCUCCAAGCUCGGUCCCUUUGUGAUUGUGUUCCUCCGAAUCGUGUACACCGAUCUGGUUCAAUUUCUCGUACUCUACAUGUUCUUCAACGUCGGAUUCGCAUGUGCGUUCUUCUUGCAACUAUCGCCCGUGGCCUCCACCUCGGAUCCCUCGACCAGUUUCAGCGACUGGCAGUGGCUCGGCGGCGCAGUGGUAUGGAUGUUCCGGUAUCUGUACGGCGGAGCCAUCUACGACGAUUUUCGAAAGGCUGUCAUUCCGGACUUUUCUAUGACCCUCUUUAUUGUGAUCAACUUUAUCACAAACAUUCUCCUCAUCAACGUUUUUAUUGCGCAACUCUCGCGGACCGUUGCCGUGACCUAUGAGAAAGCCCGUGCGAUUUGGAUAUUGCAGUGGGCCGAGUCCGUCCUCUCUAUGAAUCUGCGCAACCCAGGCUCAUCCAUGGAGCUGGGAUUUGUGUAUCAAAAGAGCCGCCUCGAUCUCAGGGCACUCUACGAGCGAUGGGCAGCUGGCUCCGAUGACGAGGGCGAAGGACUGCAUUCUCCGGGUGUCCAUGGUAUGCCGAGUCAAGCGGUUUUGGCCGAAGAGGCCUCGGUCGUUGGCUACCGCUGGUUUCUGGUUAUAGAACAAGAAGUCGACGGCAAGUGGAUACCGCGCAAGUUUUGCUAUACCGGCUCCAAGGAGCGCCCCAGCCGCGAAGACUGGAGGCCUGCCAAGAUCAAGUUUGACGCAACCGAGGAGGCCUUCCCAUCGACAACAUUUGCAGGCUAUUUUAUCCAAAAGCUGGCGGCUGUGUUCACACUCCCACUGGGGUUGCUAUUCAAGAGCGUGCUUCGAAGGAUAGGAUCAGGGCACAAAUACAGCAUGUCCAGAACGAAGCGGGACAGUGGCGUCCCCGAACAUUCCUCACACCAGCCGCUGCCUUCAACACAGUGAUCUUUCGGCUGCAGCGUGCAAGCCAUGUGGCUGCUUCCGGUUUUUGUUGGCAACCGAGUGAGUUUUGUUGGUUUGGGAAGCAGAAUACAUCUGGUCAGUCUCCUGUGGUGAUGAUCGACUGGCAUUGA